AGAGUAUCAAUAUAAACCGAUUGAUAAACUAAGUCAAACAGAGUGUGCAAAAUUCCCAUCAUGGCGCGAAUUAUUUUAUUUAGCGCAUUAUUUGCAAGUUUCAUCUGUUGCUUUAGCGCGGAAGUACAAAAUCGAAUCGUUGGUGGCAAUGAUGUAAGUAUUUCAAAAAAUGGGUGGCAAGUAUCAGUUCAAAGUAAUAACCAACAUUUCUGUGGUGGUUCAAUCAUUGCUAAAGAUUGGGUGCUGACUUCUUCUCAGUGCGUUGCAGACAAACAAAGUCCACCGAAAGAUUUAACUGUUCGUGUUGGAACUAGCACUCACAAUGAUGGAGGACAAGUGUAUGAUGUUAUUGAAAUUAUAAAACAUCCGAAAUAUAAUAAAGCAGUGCCAGAUGAUUUUGAUGUUGCACUUUUACGGAUCAAAGGGCCAAUAUCAUUUACUCCAUGCACUGUAACUCCUGUAAAAUUAAUACAAUCGGAAAAAGAAGUACCGAAGGGAGCAACGUUGAGUGUAACUGGAUGGGGCGCCACGAAGGAAUGGGGGCCAAUUUCGCCAAAGUUGCAAGAAGUUAAAGUUAAAGCUUACUCAAGUCAAGAAUGCAAGAACAGUCAUGCUAUUAACAAUGACAUCAUUUCUGACAGUAUGAUGUGCGCUGGUUUUCCUCAAGGACAAAAAGAUACUUGUCAUGGGGAUAGCGGUGGGCCACUUGUAGAUGAAAAACGAGUUCAAGUAGGAGUUAUAUCCUGGAGGCGAGGAUGCGCGCGACCUGGAAAUCCUGGUGUAUAUGCAAAACUGAGCCACCCGGAAAUUCAAAAGUUCAUUAAAAAAUAUGUACAAAUUUAAAUAAUAAAACUGUAUGAAAAACAAUAAUAAAC